UGCCGAGGAUGAUGCUGAAAUGAUUGGUACUGCGAGCGACCUCCCCGGCGAGAUCGAGACCCGCCGUGCCUACGUUGAUGUUACCAAGAAUGACGUCAUGGCCUCCAUCACCCAGAUGCAGAGCGGCCUCUCCACGCUUGCCACCAACAUCACGAAGCACUGCGCCAGCCUGGACGAGCAGCUCCAGAACAGGGUCGGAGCCACUGAGCGCCGUCUGGACGCGCACGACCAGCGCAUGGAUGACAUGUCGAAAGGGACUCGGAAGCUACACGGCCUUCUACGUGCCGUCCGCUCUGAAGAACACCCACCUGCUGCUGCUCCCAGUGCCUCGUUCCACCGCAAGACGCACCCCGCCAUCCUCGGGGCGCGCGCUGCCGCCCUGGUCAGUCGUGAAGCAGUUAGCGAAGGCCUCGCAGAAUGGCUUACGGUCUCCAUCUUCGAGCCUGACUCCUGGAAGGUGGAAGGCGAGCCAGCUGGCGCGCGGUUCGCAAUCAAAGUCAAGGGCGCCCCUGGAUGGUUUGCUCGCACGGUCCCCCAGGCGCUCAGCAACAUCAAGAACAGCGACGGCUCCUUCAGACGCUUCUCGGCCUUCUCCGCCCAGCGCGCCAACGUCGAGCACCGCGUCUCCGCCGACAAAAUCCUGACCCAGAUCUGCAGAGAGCUGGACCCAAGGCACACGGGCGUGGUCUCGUCGCAGCGGCGCGCCUUCCUCAAGGUCGCGCCGCGCCAGAACGAGGCCCCCAUUAUCGAGCGCGACCAGAGGGCCCUGGACUUCCUCGGCCUCAGCAAGCAGACCGUCGCCAGCACCAUUGAGCAAUUCUUUGCGCGGGGCCUGGGGGCAGAGGAGUGGACUUCGGCGGUGCCCGGGCUGGGCUUCGCCGCCUGGAACGCCCGAGUUCUGUUUCAUCACCGCCCAGACACCCGGAUCCUCAAGCUGAAGUGCCUCCGCGGCCUGCUCAGCCGUUUCACGGUGGCGACUCAAGAGUCGCACGGCACGGCAGAUGAUGUUUACAAUUUUUUCCACAUGUCGAACUCGGGGCUUGAGUUCAGGGCCUCGUUCGCGGGCCCCAACAACAGGAAGGGCGGGGUCAUGGCGUUCUUCCCGAAGCAUUCUUCCCAGCCUGGCACAG